AUGUCCAGUACCCGUAAUACAAGCCUGCUCUCUUCAUCAGAGAAGAAGCGGCUGCGGGAUAGGAAAGCGCAGCAGACACUGCGCGAAAAACGUCAAAAUCGUAUGCUGGAACUUGAGACCAGAGUGACUUUUUGUGAAAAGAAUCAUGGCGGAGAUGCCCAAGUUAAACUAGACCCGGUUCAGGAUGAGGGUGAAAGUCAAGCUCUGGAUAUGACGAAGUUGCUUGAUACGGUGGAGAGACUACGACUAGAGAAUAAUCGCUUGCGCGAGAGACAAGAGAGUUUGCGCCGGAUGGUUGGAUCGUGGGAUUCGAGCGAUGAGAAGAAAGAUCCUGAGCCCGAGGGACAGAAAGAGGAAAAGUGUGGAAUUAGGUCUACGUGUGGUCGGCAUUCAAAUGGAAAUCGCUCAGUGUCUGAUCUUGAUUUUCGGACUUCAUCCAGUCCUGCUGUUGAUAAUCAGUAUCAAAUGACUACUACCACUGCUCCUGACAGCCCAGAAGCAAUGUCGAUGAACAAAACAGACCCAGUACCUCUCUUCGGCGUCUCAGCCCCAACACUACCAUCUCCUCUAUACCAAUUCCCAGGGUCAAUCUGCUCACCACAAAGCCUCCCUAUCAGUCCACAUCCAGUUAUUCACCUCCCAUCUCCACCAGCAGUAUCGUCUUCAGUCCCCGUCUGGUGUCGUGUGCCCCGAAACACAUACGAAACGAACAACACGCGUGUCUACCCAUUAAUAUCAACGCAAUGGUUCUCGCAUCCAGAGCUAAUAGCUCCCUGCCCCUUGAAACCAUCGCCUCUGGAUUUGUUACAUGGUACACGCAAGAAUUACCUAGCAAACUACAUUCACGACUCUAUCCGACUUCGCUCCCUACGAGAUGUCGAAUGCCUCGCGUUCGGUAAUCUGUUAUACAACUACAGCAAAUGGCGCGCUGCGCCCACACCGGCAACAUUCGCCCGUCUAGCACCCUUCCAACAUCCGCUUCCCAUCCAACUAGAGCAGGACCAUUUUGGCGGCAUAGACAUGAUAGUCUGGCCCCAGAUGCGCGUUAAUAUGAUCCGUCACUGGGGUAAAGUCGAUCUGCUAGAAGUAUUUGACUUUCUAUCGGCUUGCAUGAAGGUUCGCUGGCCAUGGAAUAAGGAUAUGUUGGAGCGGGAUGCGGAUGACAAUUUGCAACUACGGGAAGACUUUAGGCAGAUUUUCAGUAGUGAGGCUGGCUGGGGACUGACGGCGGAGUUUAUUGAUCGGUAUCCGAUGCUUUUAGAGGGGAUGGAUGUUGAAGCGUUGAGGUUUGAGAUUGCGUUUCCGAUGGAGAUGUAUUCUUAUUGA